AUGGAGGAAGAUCUUGCGAAGAAACGUGGUUUUAUCGAACUUACAUUGCGUGACGCUCUCAAACCAAAUCAAAAAGCAAGAAUGAUUUCAAGCGCAAUCAAAAUUCUUGACCAAAUCAAAGAAUUAGACCUACAUAACAAAGAUAACGAAGAAAUUCUGAAUAUGCUUUUAGAUACAAUACAUUGUCCAAACUAUUACAAAACAGAGAAGGCUAAGAAAUUUGUUGCUUCUAUUGUUCAUGUUGUGUUUUUCAAGUUACCAGAAAUUUGCGAACGUUUUAAAUCGAUUUUACGAAAUGAAAAGACAGAACAAGCAGAACAAUUUGGUGAAUUAUGUGUUACAGUGUGGUCAAAAUGCGAUGUUACCGAAAGAUCAACCUUUCAAGUUCAAUUAUUGAAGCCAAUUGCAGAAUGCGCAAUUUUAGCAGAGACACCUCAAUUCUCUAAGAACUGCCGCGCAUUCCUGGAAAAGUUUGGUGUCAAGAGAAGUCGAAGGAAAGAAUUGUGGACUGCACUUACUCACAUUUACGAGCCAAUUGUCUUUAGAUACUUGCAUGCAGCAAAUCCUCUUGUAAGAGAUAAUUCACUUUCGUUAUUUACAUCAUGCGCAUUCCCAAUCGAAUCAACAGAUUUUACCAAGGAAAGAAAAGAAGAGUUAAUGAAUAUUCAAAUCGAAGAAUUGAAUACAAUACUUAUGGAUGAUUGUCCUAAAGUUCGUGCUAACGCUGCCAAAGCAGUUUGCAGAUUAUUAUACCAAUAUUGGCAGAUUUUCCCAACAUCAGCACAAAAGAAGUUUCUUGAUACACUUACCAAAGAUCUUAGUCGUGAUGGAAAGUCCACAGCUGUCAGAGUUGCUGUUCUUGAAGGCUUGAAUUAUUUAUGUGGCCUUCAUGAUGGUAUGGACUUUGUUGCUCCAUACAUUGUUAAUAUUGUUGAGCGCUUACAUGAUCCGUCCGAGCAAGUUCGUAUUGCUUUCAUCAAAUUAUUAAAUACUGUUAGCACACAGUCAAAUGUCAACAUUUUCAAGGUGAUCCAUAUAGAUCAUUUCAUUUACAGGAUGAGUGUUGAUAGUGAUCAAGUUGUAGAGAAUAUUGUUGAGCUUUUGAAGCCAUCAAUGUUCGCAUUCACUGUCAAACCUUCAAAGAACAGAAAUAGUGAAGAGGAUCUCAAGAGAAAGCUUAACAAGCUCAGAUGUGCACGUUGCAUUUACCUUUGCCAUCGUAGUCUCCAAGCAGCAACAAAAUUUUAUUCAAUUCUUACAAAAUCAGCAUUAACUGAUGACAUGCUUGAUUUUAUCCAUGUUUUAUACUUCUGGAGCCAAAAAACAGCAUCAGGAGACCCUACUCUCCAACUUCCUGCUGUCCAACAGAUCAAUUCCGAAGAAUGCGCUCUUCCUGCUUUCGAAUGCGAAGAUGAUUUGGUCAGAUUAUACAGAAUAGAAAACAACAUUGAAGAAAAUGAUGAAGAAGAAGAGAAAUCAAUACCAGAGCAUGUUGCUGUCUGGUCAGUCAUUUCAGGCGUGAUGAAUGUUCUAGGAAAAAUGGUGAAAGAUGAAGCGCAAAUACAAGAAAUCAGAGAAAAAACAUUCCCUGGUUUCAACGCGAAAGAAAUCUUUUCAAGAUUACCAUCAUCUCUACACCAGUCAUUCUUUGGAUUGUUGAAAGUACUCGGAAAAGACAACGACUCAACAGAUGUUGUUUUUGAGUAUCUUUCCUCCGAAAAGAAUUCUGCUUGGUCGGAAGCAUUGAAUUGUCUCACUCAAUGGGGAGCUUUAAGUGAUUACUUAGUUACACAGACAAAGAUACUUACAGAAGCAUUGAACGGAGAAGAUGGAGAGAUGUCGAAUGAAGAAAGAUCUGCUAAGAUUACAAGAUCAGUCAGAUAUCUGAUGUUCAUGUUUUCAACAUCCGAAAUCCGUUCAAAGAUUGACAAAGACAUGAAAACAAUUGAAACAUUGCUCAGUGCUGUUAAUGAGAUAUUCCCAAUGCUUUACGCAAAGCUUGGAUAUGAAGGUGGAACAAACACUUUACCACAAGAUAAGCUCUCUAUUGCAGAAUCAUUAUCAACAGAUUGCUAUGUAAUGGCUGUCAAAUUAGUUGUUACAUUAAGAAUUAAUUUGUCAUUUAGUUUGAUGGCUGAUAAUGAUAUGGAUGCUUAUAACAAGUUCAUAGAAGUAAUAGGAAGAGAAGUAUUCAUACAAAUGAUGAAUGACAUCAAGGAUAAUUUCUUCCCAGAAAAUAUUCCUCUGAAAUCAUUGCAAUACGAAAUAUUUGUUACAAUUUUAACCUUGAUGACUGAUUUGAUUUCAUUGCAUAUAUUCGAUGGACAGUUAUUAUUAGAUGCAAUAGAAGAAAUCAAAUCAAUUGCUUCUAAUGAAGGAAUGGAAGGUCAUGAACUUAAGAACAUUUCUUUGAAAUGUUUGUCUAAAAUUACAGAUUCGUUAGCUGUUGAUGCAACUAAUUUGACUGGUGAAGACCAUCCUGCAGCUAAAUUAUUAAAGUUCGUUAUUGAUAGUUCAAAGGAUGAAGAGAAUUGCCAGAUUGUAUCACAGUUGUUAGAUAGCCUCGUUAAGACACAAAAGAAGAAGAAAUAUAUUCCUUGGCUUGUUGGAAUUCUUGGAGAUCUUGCUGUUGCGGAAGAUGAAGUACCAGAUUUGUUGCUUGAAUCAGUUCAGAAAUGCUUGGCUUCAUUGAAAGGAAAGAAGAACCAAGCACAAUAA